AUGGGGGUGCCAUCCUUGCUGCUCUGUGGGGUGUCUUUUCUGCUUCCACUCAUUGUGACAGCAGAUACAUGCGAGGAUGCUGACGUGCACUAUGAGAUGAUUUCAGAGGGCCAGCCUUUUGCUUUCAAUUGCACAUACCCCCCAGUAACAAACAGGGCUGUCAGUCUGAUAUGGUACAAAACACCCAACAAGAGUCCAGUGCCCAGCAACCAGCAGCUUAGAGUCCACCAGGACCAGUCCUGGAUUUUGUUUCUUCCCUUGGCACAGGGGGACUCGGGCAUCUACCAGUGUGUUAUAAGGAAUGCCCACAGCUGUUACCGAAUAGCUAUAAACAUAACCAUUUUGAAAAAGCAUUGGUGUAACUCAUCCAUGGAGAGUCCCAUGAAUUCAGCAGACGAGUACCAACAGACGUUACCGAUUGGAAUGUCGGGCAGUCUGGCGUGUCAUCUGACCUUUCCAGACAGUUGUGUUUUGGAUUCAAUAAAGUGGUAUAAGGGUUGUGAAGAGAUUGAAGCAGGGAAGCAGUACGCGCCUUUGGGUACAAAGCUUCUUGUGAACAAUGUUACCGCGGAGGACCUCGGGCUCUAUGCAUGCACAGCCAGACUGACCCACUCGGGGAGACAGUUCAUGAUUAGAAAUUACAUUGCUGUGAGCAGUAAGGAAGUCUUGCCUGGAGGAAGGAUUCCUAAUAUCACAUAUCCCCGAAACAACUCCAUUGAAGUUCAGCUUGGCUCCACUCUCAUCGUGGACUGCAACAUAACAGAUACGAAGGGGAACACAAACCUGCGAUGCUGGAGAGUCAACAACACCCUGGUGGAUGACUACUACAGAGACUCCAGGCGCAUCCAGGAAGGGAUCGAGAUCAAUGUCUCUCAGAGGAAUCAUAUUUUUUACACAGUGAACAUAACGUUCUUCGAGGUGAAGAUGGAGGAUUAUGGCCGUCUUUUCACAUGCCACGCUGGCGUGUCUGUAGCCUACAUCAUGCUGAAACUCCCAGCUCCAGAUUUCCGGGCUUACCUCAUAGGAGGUCUGAUGGCCUUUCUGCUUCUGGUGGUGUCUGUUCUGUGCAUCUACAAUAGCUUUAAGGUUGACCUUGUUCUGUGGUAUAGAGGCACCUUCUACACUGCCCAGGCUCCAGAUGAUGGGAAGCUGUAUGAUGCCUACGUCUUAUACCCCAAGAGCCCACGAGAAAGCCAGGGCCAGGAUGUGGAUACACUGGUGUUGAAGAUCCUGCCAGAGGUGCUGGAGAACCAGUGUGGAUAUAAGUUAUUUAUAUUUGGCAGAGAUGAAUUCCCUGGGCAAGCUGUGGCCAACAUCAUUGAUGAAAACGUCAAACUGUGCAGGAGGCUGAUUGUGCUCAUGACACCUGAGUCAUCCAGCUUCGGCUUUCUAAAGACCAUGUCAGAAGAACAAAUCGCUGUCUACAAUGCCCUCAUCCAGGAUGGCAUGAAGGUCAUUCUGAUUGAACUGGGGAAGAUCAAGGACUAUAGCACCAUGCCUGAGUCAAUUCAGUAUGUCCGGCAGAAGCAUGGGGCCAUCCAGUGCAAGGGGCACUUCACAGAGGAGCCGCAGUGUGCCAAGACCAAAUUCUGGAAGAAAGUGAGGUACCAUAUGCCACCUAGAAGAUAUCAUCUCCCUGCCUCAGUCGAGCUGCUGAGGCGAACACCCUGCACCUGCACAGCAGGCAAAUGGGAUGCUGCCACAGGGCUCAUAGCUUCCUGACAGAGCCUGGUUAGAGUGCAGCAGCUCACAGCUACAUCCUCUUUGAA